UUUCAUCGUGUACCGACUGGUAUUAUGGAGGUUUGCGUUGAGCUUGCAUAGCAGAACAGAACUCACUGAAUUAUUGCAAAAUAUUGAGAUAUGUCGAGUUUGUGAAAGCAUGCCUGCAGCAGGCGGGAAGAAUUUGGGAGGCUCCUGCCCCUGUUUUACGUCUGUUUUCUGUUAAAGUUAACCUGCAGCUGUUUUGAAAAGUAAGAGGGUAGAGCAGGGUCCAGAGUGAGCAUAUUUUUAACACACCACAAGGCACAAGAAAAAAAAUGUUUUUUGAAAAAACAUGAUGAGAAUAUUGAACUUGAACUCCAACUGAGAAGCCGGUGUUGUUACUUUACAAGAUGAAAGUCUCGGGGAUCAACAGCACCCACCCCGACAACUCCAGCGCACAAUGUAAAUUUAAUGAAGAUUUUAAAUUCAUUCUCCUUCCUGUGAGCUACGCCCUGGUCUUCGUGAUUGGCCUGGCUCUGAAUGCCACGGCUCUGUAUGUGAUCGUGUUUCGAACCAAGCGCUGGAAGCCCUCCACCAUCUACAUGUUCAACUUGUCCAUGUGUGACACGCUCUACAUCCUCACGCUGCCCUUCCUCAUCUUCUAUUAUGCCGACGAGAACGACUGGCCAUUCUCUGAACCCCUGUGCAAGCUCAUACGCUUCCUGUUUUAUGCCAACUUAUACGGUUCCAUUCUGUUCCUGUGCUGCAUCAGUCUGCAUCGGUUCAUUGGCAUCUGUUAUCCUGUCCGCUCCCUCAACUGGGUCACUGCUCGGCGGGCCAGGCUGGUUUCUCUGGCUGUGUGGGCCUGCGUUUUACUGUGCCAGGCUCCUGUCCUCUACUUCUCAAGAACAAGGGAUGUGAACACCGAGCGAAUCUGCUACGACACCACCAGCCCGGAGCUUUUCGACGACUUCCUGGUGUACAGCUCGGUGGUGUCCGUGCUCAUGUUCGCCCUGCCCUUCAUGGUGGUCAUGGUGUGCUACGGCCUCAUGGUGCGGAAGCUUCUAGAGUCCGGCGGGGGCUCUGAAAGCGGAGCUGAAGGCGAGACGGGGGGCCUGACCAGCCAGCGGUCCAAGCAGAAGUCGGUAAAGAUGAUCAUUAUCGUGCUGGCAGCUUUCAUGCUCUGCUUCCUCCCCUUCCACCUCACCAGGAGCCUUUACUACUCUUUUAGAUACCUGAAACAGGUCAAUCCAAAGCAGAUCAGCUGCAGUUUGCUGGAGGCCUCUAGCGUGGCCUACAAGGUGACCCGGCCUUUGGCCAGUGCCAACAGCUGCGUGGACCCCAUCCUUUACUUCCUGGCAGGGCAGGAUGCCCGCAGUAAUCUGACCAAGAAGAGCAAACUGCCCUCACCGAAAGCAACGAGCGUGAACCGGUGCUUGACGUCGCGGCUGUGACCAAAAGGCUGGGGCUUCUCCUGGUGAAAAUGCUCCACAUUUUGGGGACAAGUCAUGCAUUUGUUGUCAGCCUCCUCUUGUAGACAUGACUCUAAAAUAUUUAGGGUAGUUCUCAAUCGUCUGGACCUCAUCUCUAUGGGAAAUGAUGAAUUUUUCAUCUCCAAGGAAAAAGAGCUUUUAAGGUUGUCUUUUUAAUUCGGCACUUUCAAUAUGCUGAACAUCCUUUAUGUGGUGAUAUCAUUGAAAUCAUAUCAGAAAGAAAAUACUUUAGAGCCAUAUUUUAAAGUAUGAAAAAUAUCAUGAGCAAUGAAUUUUUUUUUUGUAAAGCCAAUUUCUCGGUGCUUUCAAGGCCACAUUUAAGUGUUUAAAGUCAACUCAAAAACAUAACCAUGGCAAAUGUCUCUUUGAAAAUAUGUCUUCCUCUGACUUGAUCAACUGUGGGGGCCCCAGAUAACUGAUCAAACUGACUUGUAAUUGGUAUUCCUUUUUCCCCCCAAUUGAAAAUAGUCCCAAUUUACUUUGUAUGAUUGAAAGCGCCAUGAGUACUGUAAAGAUAAAUAUGCUUAUGAGAACAAAUCCUGGUGAAAUUGUGUCUAUAUAAACAACAGUUCUUAUUGUUCUUAUUCUUCUGAAAAUAUAAA